AUGGAUUUUCUUCUAAUUUGUUUCCUAUCGCUAUUAGUCCUAGCUAUUGGGAAGAUAGAUAGGCAAAAGAUUGUUACGAAAUAUAACGUGAGGAGGGAGAAGUUAAUCGAUAAUGCUACUACCCCUUUACAGGUUGGGAAUGGCAACUUCGCAUUCAACGUGGACAAUACGGGGAUGCAGACCAUCCUACCGUUCAACACUCUUUCAAGUUGGGCAUGGCAUAAUGAUACCCUGCCUGAGGACGGAGAGAGCCUCAGUGAGUAUCACGGAGUAGCGAUGAUGACACAUGGAAAAAAUAUCUCGUAUGAUAUUCCCGACCCAGAGCUUCCAGAAGUUUCGCAGUGGCUCAUAUCGAAUCCCAACCGUAUCAAUUUAGGUCGCAUUGGUCUGAGGUAUCACGGUGCCACCUUGACAGCCUCUGAUAUAACAGACGGAGUUCAAGAGCUCAAUCUAUGGAACGGGGUAAUAGCAUCAACUUUCCAGGUUGCUGGAAAAACUGUUACGGUUACCACCCAAGGCGACUUCGAAUCAGAUGCUGUAGCCUUCCAUAUCGAAUCCGGGCUUAUUGGUUCAGGGGACCUGGAGGUUGAGCUUGACUUUCCUUAUCCACCAAUUCAUACCACGAAAUAUAAGUACGAAGUUUUCGUCGGCGUUUACGACUUCCCUCUGAACCAUAGCACUUCAAUUGUUCCGAGUGAUAGCACGGACGAGGCGCACAUCUACCAUGAGUUGCAAGAGACCAAGUACUUCGUCAAUCUACGAUGGCCUGUCGAAAACGCCCUGGGUCUCUCUAGAAUUGAGCCAUCAAACUCUAGUGCUAUCACGGCACACCGCUAUACUCUAUCGACGACAUCCAAGUUUCGUCAUCAGUCCAAUGCCAUAGACUUCACCGCCCAUUUCUCUCCAGAUAAGGGAAGGGCCGGAUUGCCAUCGAAUGUCAGAGAGCGCAAUUCCGAGGGGUGGCAUGAGUAUUGGAACGAAGGAGGAUUCGUGGAUGUUACAUCCUCGACAAAUCCGAAGGCUGAUGAAUUGCAGCGGCGUAUAAUAUUAUCACAAUAUCAUGUCCGAAUCAAUAGUGCGGCAAACGGGCAAUCGCCCCAAGAAAGUGGGCUUAUGAACAACGGUUGGUAUGGCAAGUUUCAUAUGGAGAUGGUGGUCUGGCACAAUGCCCAUUGGAGCACAUGGGGCCGCCAGAAGUAUUUUGACGACAUAUUUCCUAGCCUUUAUGAGAGUUUAUUGCCAUCGUCGCUAGCUAGAGCAAAGGCAAUGGGAUGGAAUGGCGCAAGGUGGCCGAAGAUGACGGAAACAAUCACUGGAGUUAGCUCACCAGGCGGCAUAAACGGCCUUCUCUUGUGGCAACAGCCUCAUCCUAUGUAUAUGGCGGAACUUGCCUAUCAAGCCUCACCCACUCGAAUAACCCUAGAACGGUGGGAUGCUGUUAUUAGCGCUUCUGCUGAUUACAUGGCUUCCUACGCAUGGAAGAACGAGAGUUCUGGUUAUUUCGACUUAGGUCCGCCUAGUUAUGGUGUGACCGAGAACACACCUCCAGGCGAGACUUUGAACCUCGCCUACGAAAUCGCUUAUUGGAGGUAUGGUCUUGACGUCGCUCAAAAUUGGAAAAGACGACUAAACCAGUCCAUUCCCGAACAAUGGACGACCGUCGCUGAAAACCUUGCUCCUCCACCACAACUCGACGGCCUCUACAUUGUUUACGAAGGUCUAAACAGCUCAUGGUGGGAAGAUACCGAACUCAACGGUGACCCUCGAAGUCUCAUCAUGCUUCAAGGCAUCCUCCCCGACACACCCGCCGUUGACCCUGGCAUCGCGUUGAAGACGGCCGACAAGAUCUGGGAAGUCUGGACGGACGACAACAUCCGUGGAUGGGGCAGGCCCGUGUUGGCGAUCAACUCGGCUCGAAUUGGAAAUCCGGAACGAGCCAUCUAUCACUUAACAGCGUAUGACUAUUGGGUGUUUGACGAUGCAGGUUUUGCUGUGCGUGGAGGUGAUGGCGGUACCCCUCCCCCUUUUAUGCCUGGUAAUGCGGGAUUUCUCUAUGCUGUGGCGUAUAUGGUCGCUGGUUGGAAUGGAUCAGAGGGAGAUACACCAGGAUUCCCUAAGGACGGGACCUGGACGGUAAGACACGAGGGCUUGUUGAAGGCACUUUGA